GGCGCUCCGGACCAGUUCGUGUUUUCCCGUCACACACACACCGCGAAUAGCCGUGGCCCCCGUAGUGGUCGUCAAUCGUUACUCGUCGUAGUAUCGUCGUCACUCAGUUAUCGCGCCGCUGCGACAACGUCGUCGUCACCGCCGCGGAACGUCAUAUUCGCGAUCACAUUCGCUCUGACGGAUCCGGUCGCGCCGCCGCCGCCGACAAUAUUUUAUUAUAAUAAUAAUUAUAUUGUAUAUUGUUUCGUCGUUUGAAUUUUGCGCGUUCGCCAAAAAAUUUGUACGUCUAAAUAUUUUUUUUAUUUUUUUUUUUUUUCUCGUCGAAAAGUUACGAUCGUUUUUAUCCUUUGAACUCUUGAACUCUUAAUUCUGUGCGUUUUCGGCAACGAUGACCAGACGGUGACACGUCCAUAUAGAGCCGCGAGACUGAAAAGGGCAUUUCGGCGGAUUCCCAUUGGAUAUGCUGCUCGCCUACGCGUCGAUUUAAAAACUGAAUAUGAACCAACAGUGCAAAGUUUGCGGGGAACCAGCCGCCGGUUUCCACUUCGGAGCUUUUACUUGCGAAGGCUGCAAAUCGUUUUUCGGGCGGACCUACAACAACCUGAGUUCGAUAUCGGAAUGCAAGAACAACGGCGAGUGCGUGAUCAACAAGAAGAACAGGACGUCGUGCAAGGCGUGCAGGCUGCGCAAAUGCCUGUUGGUGGGCAUGUCUAAGAGCGGGUCUCGGUACGGCCGCCGGUCCAAUUGGUUCAAGAUCCACUGCCUGUUGCAGGACCAAAACGCAGCGGCCGCCGCCGCGGCCGUCGGUCACCACCAGCCGCACCACCACCACCAGCACCACAACGGCAGCAGCCGGUCGUCGCCGCACCACCAGCAGCAGCAGCCGCCGCACCACCAGUCGCAGCCGCCGCCGUUCGGUUCGCCGCUGUACCCGGCCGGUCUGGUGCACCCCGGCCACCAUUUCCUGACCACCGACAAGUUCCUGCAGGCCCGGCUCAACGGUUACGGCGCCGCCGCGGCCCUGAUGACCGCCGCCGUCCAGGACGACGCGUCCUGCCGGCGCCAGGCGGCCGCCGACGCCAUCAUCGGCGGACACCACCAACACCACCACCAUCACCGCAACCGCCAUCACAACAACAACAACAACAACAGCAUCAGCAACAACAACAAUAGCGUCGACUACCGGAGGCACCGUCACCGUUACGACGACGACGAGGGAGACGACGACGACGACGACGACGAUUGCGGCGGAGGUCGCCGUCAUCGCCGCGACGACGACGAAGACGACGGCGAACGCAACGACAACAACAACGAAGACGACGAUUCGCCAAAGGGCGGACGCCGUCGCCGGCGCCGGCCGUCCGCUUCGGACGAUUCGGGCGGCUCGUCCAUGCACGACGACGAGGAUCAUCACCGCGGCAGUGACCACCAUCACCGCCGCAAGACCGCCAGUCCCGUGCUCCGGCAUCACCACCGCAGCCCGUCGUGCACCGCCGGCGGCACGCCGCCCGCGUUCCGCCAGCUGUCCACGUCGCCGUCCGCGUCGUCCACCGGUUCGGGCGACGCGAAACGCAUCCGGUUGUCCGUCAGCCCGUCGUCGGCCACCGUCGGCUCGUCGCCCGUUUCCGGUUUCCACUCGCCCUACUACCCGCUGUCCGUCACUCGGCCCGGGUUGACGCCGUUCGUGGGCGGCGGCCUCACGCUGUCCAUGGCCGCGGCCGGCUGGCACGCUGCCGUGGCCGCCGGUCGCACGGCCGCCGGCGGCGAUCUGCUGCUGUCCAGCCCGGCGCCGGGCGGCGUGGCCGUCGAACAGGAAUACCCCAUCGACCUGUCGCUAAAGACAACGGCCGCCAAGUACAACCGGUCGCCGCCGCCGCACGCUCCACAGUCCGCCGGCGGACGGCACUCGGCUACCGACGACCCGGAGGCUGCGGCCACGGCCACGGCGCUGCCGCCGUCGCCGUUAGACCUCACCAAACGGACGGCCGAAGUUUCGUUCGACUGACCGGAACUCGCGAGAAGAACGCUUGCAGCUACUACUACCUAAAUCACUACUAUACUACUACUACUACUCUACUACUACUGCUACUGCUGCUGCUGCUGCUGCUGCUGCUGUUACUGCUAUCUACUACUAGUACCACCUAUACCACCAGCGUCUACCGUUGUCGCCGUGUCCAAAAAAAAAGAGGAAAUUUUUUUAUUUUUUUUUUUUCGGCAUCGUCCUAGUCAAUUGUAUAGAGAAUAAAACGAAGUAAAAAAUAAUGAAAAAAAAAAAAAAACGAUCGUUCCAAAUUUCGUAAAUGCGUCGUCAAGUGCUGCGCCAGUUGUGUAUCGCUGUCGAACGACGCCGCGACCCGAAUGACCGCGUUUGGACGUCUCGCGGCUUUCGCGAGGAGGAGCGAGUGGGGUAGCACGCGUACCGCGGAAUUCGUGAUAUAUAUUAUAUAGGUGAUAUUAUUAUUAUUAUAAUUAUUAUACCGGUUAUACGGUUUUACUAUUAUACGCGGUGCGGUGCUGUGCGUGUUUACAUUGCGGUAACCCUGUUGUCCAUUUCGGGUUUGGGAGAGACGAAAACAAAACGGGAGAACAAAAACCAAAAAAAAAAUAAGAAUAAAUAUACUGCAGUGGGCACACAUCUCGUGUCGCAGUGUCAAAGACAAUAGGAGUUUGUCACACUCGGUAACAAUGCCGGUGGGCGGCUGUCUUCGCGACAACGCAUAUUGUGCAUAUUAUAACAAUAUAUACAUACACAACAUACACCCUAGGCCCACACCCGUAAUUUAUUACCCGUAUUUUUAUGUUACAUAUAUUAUAAUUUUAUAUACGUGUGGUCAACAAAGCAGUAAUUUAUUUUUUAUUUUUUUUU